AUGACGAAGGCCCCAUUUUCUGUGGAAUGGCUCUCCCAGAGCAGCCAGAAGCCCUCCCAACUUGGCCAAGGUGGCUCCGAAGCUUCCAUUCGAGAGGGAGGCCGAGGCCCCCAGGGCCUCGUGGGGGGUCUUCUUUUUUCGGCUUCACCGGAGACUUCGGAGUCAGGGGGCCCCUCUACCAGUUCCGGGUCACCGGAGCUGCCCGCCGCUGGGGGUGUGGUGACAGGUCUGGGUGGGAAAGCCUAGACUUGCUAAGCGCCUCCUCCCUCCCAAGAAUCCAGGUCUCUAGGCGAGGAGGCCUCCCCUGAGGUCAGCAGUGGCAGCUGCGGCCUUUCGGAGGGCCCAAGGCCCGAACCCCAGUGCCGGGGCGCCCGCCGCCUGCGCACGGCCUUCACGACCAAGCAGAUCAGCACUCUGGAGAGCUCCUUCAAACGACACCACUACCUGGGCGCUGCCGAGAGGCGCAAACUGGCGGGCAAAAUGCAACUGUCAGAAGUUCAGAUAAAAACCUGGUUCCAGAAUCGUCGCAUGAAAAUGAAGCGUCAGCUGCAGGACCUAAGGCCCCCGGAGCCGCCUCCAGCCUUCCCCCUUCACCUGUAUAGUCCCCUGGUAAUGCGCUCCGCACCAAUGCCGCCGCCAAGCCUGCCCUACGUGUACCCCAGUGCUCCGCAGCUCCGGCUCCCCAGCCUCGUCCAGGAGUCUUUUGCAGGCGGUCUGGCCCUCCCGCCCCUGUCCCCUCUGCCCUUAUCCCCCAGCUCCUGCAAAGUGGCUCCUGCUGGCAUCCAGUCGGCGCUGGCCUGUCUGCUGAGCGGCUGCCCAGACCAGGCUUCCUUUCUGAGAACAAUGUGA